UUGAGGAUUGAAUUCUGUUACGUCACAAUGACGUCACAUGAUCCUCAGUUUAGUCAAGAGAGGUUCAUUCAUAGUUGAAGAUAUAGUUUAUAGUGAGGGAGAGACAACAGGUCCAGAUCAGUAGAUGUACAUUCACUUGUACACAUGUACAUAGUACAUAAAUUAGAAUGAAAACAUGUACACUCUUGUGAUAUCUUUGUCAAUAAGUAAAGCCAACAUUUGAUAAUUCAAGUGAUCAUAUUCUAAAGUUAAAACAAAAACUUUCAAACUGGUAUUUUUUAAUAGUAUCGAGGCAUCAACAAGCCUCAGGAAUAACAGGAUAAGCAAUGAUUAUGGAGAGCAAAGAAAGUCUGGACUCAAUGGACAUAAUGCUCAGUGAAGUCAACAUCUCCCUCCUAUCCCUGGACAGGUUCAAGCUCAAGCUGAACCAGAUGUCCACUAUAUCAACCCCCUCCCCUGGACACAGUCCCACCAGGUCCUUCUCACCAAGGUCUAGCAGUGAAUCUUUAGACACACCAGUCUCACUAGGAGCAGAAUUUUUCCCAGAGCUUUCCUGUCUUCCUCGUAAAUCCAGUAAAUCCACCAAUGCGACGAACCAGCGACCAGCGACCCAUAAGAGGGACGAGGUUGUCAAACAUGACGAAUCUGCUGAUCAAGGGACCUCCAACCUAUCUCCAGGAGCAGGGGAUGCUCUGGAGGACAAAGAUGAGGGUGAGAUGAGUUUACCUGAAGGACAAAUGGAGAAGAAUGAUGCUUCUGUAAAAAUUGAGACCGAUAAACCUAUAUUUGCAGAUCUUACAAAUGCCGUACCUCUAGGAGCAGAGGGAAAAACCAAAAAGGAACUUGACAGUGAAGCAGAGAGGGGGGAGGAGGAGGAAGGCGAGGAGGAGAGAGGGGAAAAGAAGGGAAGAAUGAGUUAUCCAUCUGAUCAUGUUCUCGAAGAGGACACCCUCCAGUAUAGGGUUCAGGGCACAUUCUCACAUCACAGAUAUAUGGAGGAACAGUCUGUUGCUGGAACUACAAGUAUAUCUAACUGGUUGUUUACUUCUCCAACAACUCCAUUUCCUGGCACUGAUCCUCCAAACCAAUCCUUUUCCGGCACAGAUCCUCCAAACCAAGCAUUUCCUGGACAAGAUCAACCAAACCAAACCUUCACCAACUCCAGCACAUCCUUCUCAUCUAAUUCUCACCACCAUGAUACUCAGACCUCACCAACCUUCUCUCCGACCUCUCCGUCCUCCUUUGAGGAGUCUCGGGUUCAAGGCUCCGGGUCUCUUCUCGGGUUCUCAGACAUGACUGGAAUGAACUUUUCUGAUUCAGGAUUAGGACACCUGAAGAUGGGUUCAGGAUUCUCACCUAACCUUGCUCUAUCUCCUCCAAUCCCAACCUCACCUCAAGAGACUGAUGCUCACAUGUACCCUCACACCAGGUUGCAGGGAGGACACAAGGUAGACUACUCCUCCUCCUACUCUCCAACCUUGAUGGGAUACUCUCCUCUGGGCCAGGGUCAACCUCCAGAACACAUUUCCCCAACUUUUGGUUCUCCAGUGCCUAAACAGGAAGGGUUUGUUGACUGCUCCCAGCAGCAACAGCAGCAGCAGCAGACAGCGGCCCAGGUAGCUGCCCAAGCAGCUGCAGCAAGUUUAGCAGAGUUUAACCAAGCAACAAGUAAAGGACAUGAAAUCCUAUCUCAGGUGUACCAGCAGGCUACUAUGCCGAUCAGACUGAUGCCAGUCCGCGCAAGGAAGUACCCGAACCGGCCGAGCAAAACUCCAGUACACGAGCGACCGUACGCCUGCCCGGUCAACGAGUGUGAUCGUAGAUUCUCCAGAAGUGAUGAACUAACACGUCAUAUCAGAAUACAUACAGGACAGAAACCAUUCCAAUGCAGAAUAUGCAUGCGAUCUUUCAGUCGAUCAGAUCAUUUAACAACACACAUUAGAACUCAUACAGGCGAGAAACCAUUCACUUGCGACUCCUGCGGUCGAAAGUUUGCUCGGUCUGACGAGAAGAAACGGCACGCCAAAGUUCAUUCGAAAAAAUCGAAAAAAGGCAGCGCAGCCGCACUCUCUGGGACGGAGGGAGGAUCUAACAGUCGGACAAGAUAAACUGGUGACACUCGCGGAUUUAUCAGGUUUUAAACAGACCCUUGUGGGAGUGAAACUGUGAGAAUAAAUAACUUUAUCUUAGUCAUAUAUAUACAUAUAUAUAGUAAAUUUUGAAGCUCACCCCCCCCCCACUCCUUCAUUCCAUUUUUCUUUCAAUUACAUUAAACAAAUGUUAGCACCGUGCCUGCCAAUAAAAAAUAUUGUGCCUGAUACCACUUACCACUAACAUAUCAGCAACUACAUGAAAGAGACUGUAUGUCUAAUUUCCUGUGACCCAGCCUGCAAAUAUGGCAAUGCCUGAUUAACAGCGGUACCCUGAACACCGUUAUCUAAACAAGUAUGAAUUAUAUACCCAUGUCUUUGAUUCUUUAAACUAAUUAUUUGUGGUUUCUCUUCAAAAUUGCAUUUCUUGUUUUUGAGAAACUGAGGAGAAAUUAUCAAAACUUAAUAAAUUUGUAGAAUAUUUGUUACAUUUUUUGUCGUCGUUAUUUAUUAAUUUAAAAAUAUCAAUUCUCAGAACGUAACAACCUAAAUGGAUUAUUUUGAAUGUCGACUUUGCACUCAAACUCAGUAAUUUUACAUAUCAUUUAAACCUUUUAUAUGUCUCAAAUGAAUCCUAAAAAACU